AUGAUGAAAUUANCAACAUCAGAAAUUAUUUUUACAACCAUUAAUGAAUAUUUGAUUGAAAUAGAUCUGCCGUGGAGUAAAUGUGUGGGUUUUUGUUCUGAUGGAGCAAGGGCAAUGACUGGAAGGCUGACCGGAGUUGCAACAAGAAUAAAAAAAGUUGCCCCAUUAUGUAAAACUAUGCAUUGCAUGAUUCACCGGCAAGCAUUAGCAUCCAAAAACAUGCCUAGAAGUUUAAAAUUAGUUCUUGAUAGUGCUGUCAAAAUCGUAAAUCUAAUCAAAGCCAGACCUCUCAAUUCAAGAUUAUUCACAGUAUUAUGUAACGAAAUGGGCAGUACUCAUAACUCUCUUCUUCUCCACACAGAGGUAAGGUGGCUUUCACGAGGAAAAGUCCUCACCAGACUAUUCGAGCUAAGGUCAGAAGUUUUAUUAAUUCUGACUGAUAUUGAUGAAGAAAAGUCCAAAUUGUUUUGUGAUGUCGAAUGGCUGUCAAGACUAGCUUACAUGGCUGACAUAUUUGACCGUUUAAAUAUUUUAAAUUUAAGUCUGCAAGGAUCAAACACAAACAUGUUUUAUACUAGUGAUAAAGUUAAUGCAUUUGUGAGAAAGUUGGAUUUAUUUAUUUCGCAAGUAUCUAAGAAUGAUCUUUCAGCAUUCGAGACACUUAACACAUUUUGGAACGAUAACGAAGUUCAGCCAAAUUCAAAUAUAAUUACAGACAUUUCGGAACACCUACAAUCACUAAAAUCCAAUGUUUUACAAUAUUUCCCUGAGGAUAACUCAGAAAUGAAAUGGAUCAUAAACCCUUUCGUAGAUGAUUAUAUUAAGAAUAUUCCAGAUGGCAUUUUGGCAAAAGAAUUAUUUAUUGACUUAACCAGUGACUCUACCCUAAAAACCGCUUUCAAUAACAAAAAUAUCACUAAUUUUUGGCUGGACGUGAAAAAAGAAUACUCGGCAUUGUCCACACAAGCUUUACAGUUUUUAAUCCCUUUUGUAUCAACAUAUCUGUGCGNGCGAAAAAACAUUUUCUGA